CCUUCCAGUCUGCAACACAUUCGACAAGAAGAGAGAUUCUCUUGAAGAUGACAGGACAGGAAGGCGUGGCCGUGCUUCUGAUCAUCGCUUUGACAACGGUGACACCCGUUACUGGCGCUGGUCCCAUCCCUCUUACUCCGGAGGAAGAGGCGCAAAGAGACAAUGCUACAGCUGACAUGGCUAACCUUCCACCCGCGCAUCAAAUGGUACCUGAACUGCCCCCCGGUCCAAUACCGCCAAUCCCGGCUUGUGAAUGCCAUGCGCAUGGUGAUGUCCGCUAUGUUACGUGUGAUGGGAGAGCCUUCCAAUAUAACACCCUGCCCUCAGUCGUAGGUAUAAUGGCAAAGCCUAUAGGUGGCUGGCUAUGGUUUAUAGCAACGUUACAAGAAUUCUUUGAUGGCGGUCCGAAGACUCGUCUGUCAGCAGUGAAAUUCAAGAUCUUUUUUCACUACGUGAUCAUUGAGUACAAAGACACUCCAGAUCCAGAUGGACUGUACAAAAUAACGGUGGGAGCUGAUUUUGUACCUGGUCCGCCGCUGUGGGUUGGUUCUGUCAGUCUUGGUCCUGCUGGGGGUCCACCUGGUGUUUUGUUCGUGGGGAACGGUUUUCAAAUCUCGGUUAUUCUGCUAGAUGGCGAUUUGUACAUUGAGGUUAGUUCCACGCUCCUACCACCUGUCCUGUUCGACAUUAGGAUACGUGUGGCCCGACAUUGUCUCCAGAUUCACAUUCCUCCGAUCUGGUCUGGUUUCAUGGAAGGGAUAUGCGGAGAUUGGAACGGAAAUCCAGCUAACGAUGUUGUCGAUUUUGUCGGCCUUCCACAGGUGACACCUGCACCGUUACAAGUUUAA